AUGCCAUACCAACGCAACCCGUGGUCAAUAUCAACACACUCAUAUUUUAUUAAAAGUAAUACUUUCAGACAACAUAAACAUGUACGUUUUGGUAAAGUGUUCAAACCUAAAGAACAACUUAUUAGGUUUCCAUCUUUUUCUUUAUUAGGUGGUAAUCGGAGAGAUCCAUUGAAUUUAAAUGAACUUAUUCGAAAGAACAACCAAUCAAUAAUCAACAAUGAUCAUAUAGACAUGAAUAUUCAUGGUAAUGAUCGACUGGUUGAAAUUUUACUUCAACCAAAUAUCUAUGACCCUCUGUGUCUUGAUAUUUCUUCACAUAAUAAUGAAAAUUCUAUUGAUUCUACUAGUGUCCAUCAAAGUACAAAUCUCCAAACAACAGAACGAAAUUUUCAACUAGCAAGUCAUGAUCAAUUUUAUGAUCAACAAGCACCGGAAAUAAAACAGUACAAAUCAAUAAACAGAUAUUAA